GGCGCCAGGCCGGGGCGGGCCCGGGAGGAGCCGGGGGUGGAGGCAGCGGGCGCCGCCCCGGCUCCGCGCAGACGGCCCGGCCGAGCGGAGCGGGUGAACGUGUGAGGCCAUCGCAGCUGCCAUGUCGCACCCCCAGGGCCCACCCCCCUAUGACAAGGACCCCCUGUACCCGAACCCGCCGGGGGGGUACCCGCCGCCGGGGGGAUACCCGCCAGGGGGGUACUCGCAGCCUGGGGGGUACCCUCCACCGGGGGGGUACUCGCAGCCCGGGGGGUACCCGCCACCGGGGGGGUACUCGCAGCCCGGGGGGUACCCGCCACCCGCCCCCUAUGGGCAGCCAGGCUACGGGUACCCGUCUGCGGGGGCGCCAGUGCCCCCCAUGCCCACGCUGCCCAUGAACUUAGGGGACGACGCCAUCAUGGCCACCGACUGGGAGGACAAGAAGGUCCGGCAUGCCUUCAUCCGUAAGGUCUACACCAUCAUCUCGGUGCAGCUCUUGGUCACCGUGGGCAUCAUCUCUGUCUUCGUCUUCGUCUCCCCCGUCAGAGACUUUGUGCGCAAGAACAUGGCCGUGUACUACGCCUCCUACGCCGUGUUCCUGGUCACCUACCUGACGCUGGCCUGCUGCAAGGGGCCCAGGCGGCGCUACCCCUGGAACAUCAUCCUGCUCGCUGUCUUCACGCUGGCCAUGGGCUUCAUGACGGGCACCAUCUCCAGCUGGUAUGGCACCAAGGCCGUAUUCAUCGCCAUGAUCAUCACGGCCAUCGUGGCCAUCGUGGUCACCGUCUUCUGCUUCCAGACCAAGGUUGAUUUCACCUCCUGCACGGGGCUGUUCUGCGUCCUCGGCAUCGUCAUCACGGUAACGGGCAUCGUCACCGCCAUCGUCCUGUCCUUCAAAUACAUCUAUUGGCUGCACAUGCUGUACGCGGCCCUGGGCGCCAUCGUCUUCACCCUGUUCCUGGCCUACGACACGCAGCUGGUGCUGGGCGACCGGAAGCAGGCGCUGGGCGCGGAGGAGUACGUGUACGGCGCGCUGCGCAUCUACACCGACAUCAUGUACAUCUUCACCUCCGUGCUGCAGCUGGUCGGCCGCAGAUAGAGCCCGCGUCCCGCCCGCGCUGCCCGGCUCCGUGCGGCCCCCGGGCAUGCUGACGCACGGGGGGAGGUGGGCCCUUGCCUUAUUGCCCCCGCCCCUCCCCAGGGCCUGGGUGCGUCCCGGCCCCACCAGCCCGGGAUGGGAGGUGCUGCGCGGGGCGCACGUGGGACGCUGGCUGACACGUGGGCACAUGCACGUGCUCUGGACACGUGGCUGUACCCGUGUCUCUCCCCCUCCCGCCCCGGGGCUGCUCCGUGCCUUAACGGUGCAUGCACCAACAUGGCGGCACGGUACGGGGGAGGGUAGAGGGGUCCCCAGCAAAGGUGGGGGGGGCUCUGCUUGCUGCACCUGGCACCCCAUGGCCAGCCCUGCCCGGGACCCCCCACAGCGCCAGGCAGGGGCUGAGCCUGCUUCGCCGACACCAAAGAGCCUGGACUGGAUGCUGCCAAUAAAGUGCCCGUCUGACA